CUGUAUACACAAAACACACCACAAUCCAUAAAGAAGGAAAAAAAAUGAAUUUCUCAAUCACAUUAGCUCUCUGCUUCACUCUCUCCGGUUUCUUGAUCGGCGCACACGCCAAAGUUCCCCUCGACGAGCAAUUCCGAGUGGUCAACGAAGGAGGCUACACAGAUUACAGUCCGAUCGAAUACAAUCCCGACGUACGUGGCUUCCAACCUUUCACCGACAACUUCCGACUCUGUUUCUACAACACAACCCCAAACGCAUACACUCUCGCUCUCAGAAUCGGAAACAGAGCACAAGAAUCCACUCUCCGAUGGGUCUGGGAAGCUAACAGAGGCUCGCCGGUCAAAGAAAACGCGACGUUGACUUUCGGAGAAGACGGAAACCUCGUUCUCGCCGAAGCCGAUGGUCGUCUUGUCUGGCAAACGAACACGGCUAACAAAGGCGCCGUUGGGAUCAAAAUCUUGGACAAUGGCAAUAUGGUAAUAUACGAUUCCAACGGGAAAUUCAUAUGGCAAAGCUUCGAUUCUCCGACCGACACGCUUCUCGUCGGACAAUCACUGAAACUCAACGGUCGGAACAAGCUCGUAAGCAGACGGUCUCCAUCGGUCAACACAAACGGACCGUACAGUCUCGUGAUGGAAGCCAAGAGGCUGGUUUUGUACUACACGACAAACAAAACCCCGAAACCAAUCGCUUAUUACGAAUACGAAUUCUUCUCCAAGAUCACUCAGUUACAAUCUAUGACGUUCAAAGCCGUGGAAGAUUCUUUCGACACCACGUGGGGUCUUUCCAUGGAAGGUGUUGACUCUGGUUCUAAAUUCAACGUUUCAACGUUUCUCUCGUCGCCGAAACACAACGCCACGUUGAGUUUUAUCCGGUUAGAAUCAGACGGAAACGUCAGAGUUUGGAGUUACAGCACGUUAGCGACUGCGACGGCUUGGGACGUGACGUACACGGCAUUUACUAACGACGAUACUGACGGUAACGACGAGUGUAGAAUCCCUGAGCAUUGUUUGGAGUUUGGUUUGUGUAAAAAAGGUCAGUGUAACGCUUGUCCUAGCGACAAAGGGCUUCUUGGUUGGGACGAGACUUGCAAAACUCCGAGUCUCGCAAGUUGCGAUCCCAAGACUUUUCAUUAUUUCAAGAUCGAAGGAGCUGAUAGUUUCAUGACUAAGUAUAACGGUGGCUCGUCUACCACGGAGAAAGCUUGUGGGGACAAGUGCACGAGAGAUUGUAAGUGUUUAGGAUUUUUCUACAAUAGGAAGAGCUCGAGGUGUUGGUUGGGUUAUGAGCUCAAGACAUUGACUAGAACCGGAGAUUCUUCACUGGUUGCCUACGUCAAGGCUCCUAAUGCUAACAAGCCAGUUCUUUGAAGUGUGAAAGUCAUAUGAAAUUACUGUGUUGUGUUUCAAUAAGGUAAAAUUUCGUUUGUGUCAAAAAAAAUUUUCAGGCGACAUCGUAAUAAAUUGACGGAAAUUAUGUUUACGAAUCGAGUUCAGAGACGUGUA